AUGGCCAAACAGGACUCCCUGCUGUUCCUCCAUGGCUUUGACCUGGGGGGCCUCUUCAUAGAUCCCCGGCCCCUGGGCAGCGGGGCCACUGGUCUGGUUCUGUCCGCUGUGGACAAGCGCAGUGGCCAACGGGUGGCUGUGAAGAAGCUGGUGAUGCGUGACGUGGUCAGCGUGAAGCACGCCCUGCGGGAGGUCAAGAUCACACUGCGCCUGCAGCACGAGAACGUGGUGCGCGUGCACGAGGUGCUGGGCCCCUACGGCCGCCCACUUCAUUGCGAUCCAGCCCAGCAGAGCGCCCUGUACAUCGUCCAGGAGUGCAUGGAGACGGACCUAGCUCACCUGCUGGAGCAGGGGCCAUUUCCUAGCGGGCACACCACUCUGCUCUUCUACCAGCUCCUUCGAGGCCUCAAGUUCAUCCACUCAGCCAACGUGCUGCACCGUGACCUCAAACCAGCCAACAUCUUCCUCAACACAGACCAGUUAUUGCUCAAGAUCGGCGACUUUGGCCUGGCCAGAAUCGUUGACCCACACUACUCCCAUAAGGUGAGACUAUAGUUACAGUUGGCUGCCAUUAGAAGGGAACAGAUAGCUCUGGUCAUUAUUCAUAAAGCCUCAGAGUAGGAGUUCUGGUCUAGGAUCAGGUCCCCACUGUCUGUCGGAUUCAUUAUUAUCUGAAACGCAAAAUUGGUCCUAGAUCAGCACUCUAAAUAGCUUCAUGAAUCAGGGCCCAGGGGUUUUUCCUAACCAUGUGACCUGACCAGAAAAAGAUCCUGGCCUUAGUCCUAGGGAAAACUCCUGGCUCAACAUGUAAGGGGGAGCCAUAAAAGACAACGAUACCGCCGGCGGGUUUCUAGACACCAGGGAUGUCUGCACUGAGAGGGAGAUGAUAUCUGUAUUAAGAUAGGAUUUCCCAGCCUAGACCUUUUGAUGUAGCAGGAGAAACGAAUAGUGCAGUGUCCUUUUUUACAGUGGGGCUUGUGUGAGUGACAGGCAUGCCAAAACCAGGCUCGGAUGCCCAGCAAAAUAUCUAGAAAAAUAUUCGUAGAAUUCACUGCAGGUCUGUUUCAGCCAGUGCUAGAGUUGAGCAGGUGCUUUCCUUUUUCAUUCCACUUCAAUGACUGCUUUUAGCAAUCAAACAAAUACUUUUCAUUGCUCCAUUUGUUCGUAUUGGAGGUUGCAUCACAGAGCUCAAAGCUGGAAACAGCUGUGAGGAUGUAAACUGAACAAAAUUGGCACGCUCUUAAGUUUCAUAAAUGUACAGCAUUUCCAAACGACACAGCAUUCUACCCAUAUAUUCUACCCAUAUUAAGAUGCCUCUUUGUGCAUGUUUAUGUGUGGUCGUGGUACAUGUAUGAACAUAUCCUUACACCAAGUCACAUGCAUCAAGUGUUGCCUUGUGGAGACUCUGACUCUCUGCUUUGCAUAAAUGGAAAUGACUGCAUUAUCAUCCGCCUAUAGCUAGUGCUAGAGAAACGCUUUCAUAACCUUAACCAUAUUAAGUUACACAGUAAUCAAAUUGAAUGAUUUCCCUGUCUGUUUUUUUGGGAUAAGCUUCUGAGAGAUUCAUGUGACAAUUUACUGCUCUAUUGUACUGCUUUAUUAUUGUGGUGGAACGCCGUGUGUAACACUAGGAGCCCAGUGAGGGCCCAGUGAAAGGGGAGCUUUGUCCUGGCCGGUCCCAGACCCAGAGAUCUGAGCUCGGGGCAGCAUGUUGGUGUAGACAGGGGAAAGAGAUGGAUCAGGCUGUGAGCAAGAGUGUAGCCAGAAUAACAAUGGGCAGUGCUGUGCUCUGCGUGAAGUCGAACAAAAAAUGUGUCUAUGCUGCUCUUAUGCAGUGGAUUGUGCAUAGUUGGUUCUGAGACAGGCCAGCUAUAGAGUAUUCUGUGUAUCAUCUAUACCUCUGGCCUGGCCUCCCUCACUCAUCAGAGUAUGGGCGCAAUGUGUUAGUGGCAACAGCUGAUUUUGACUUCAGACCCUUAAGCCUUUGUCAGGUUAAAAAUCAGGUUGUAUGGAUGCCAGAGUGAAAAGAAGGAAUAACCCGGGACCAUUCCUAUUAUGAAGCAGGAAAAUAACCUUGUAUCUCUCUCCUCUGAAUCAACACAGGCCUGUCAGAGGAGUUCAGUACUGAACAUUCUGUUCCACUCAGAGAGAGAGAGUGAGGUAGCUAGGUACACACUAAGUACAUGGCUAUCUGGACUGAGGAGUAGCUAUGUAAAUAGACGUUGUUUGGACAUGAGGGAACGAGGGCAGGCUGAAUGGAACAGGAAGAGCAAGGUUGUGUCCCAAAUGGCACCCUAAUAUCUACGUAGUGCCCUUAGGAUCCUGGUCAAAGGUAAUGCACUUUAUAGGGAAUAGGGUGUAUUUUGGGACACAACCUUGCUCUCCCUGUUCCAUUCAGCCUGCUCUCGUUCCCUCAUGUUCGAACAGCGUCUUCACAUACAGUGCUUUCAGAAAGUAUUCAGACCCUUUGCUUUGAGACUCAAAAUUGAGCUCAGGUGCAUCCUGUUUCCAUUGAUCAUCCUUGAGAUGUUUCUAAAACUUGAUUGGAGUCCACCUGUGGUAAAUUCAAUUGAUUAGACAUGAUUUGGAAAGGCACACACCCGUCUAUAUAAGGUCCCACAGUUGACAGUGCAUGUCAGAGUAAAACCAAGCCAUGAGGUCGAAGAAAUUGUCCGUAGAGCUCCGAAUACAGGAUUGUGUCGAGAGACUGAUCUUGGGAAGGGUACCAAAACAUUUCUGCAGCAUUGAAGGUCCCCAAGAACACAGUGGCCUCCAUCAUUCUUAAAUGGAAGAAGUUUGGAACCACCAAGACUCUUCCUGGAGCUGGUGGCCCGGCGAAACUAAUUAAUCGGGGGAGAAGGGCCUUGGUCAGGGAGGUGACCAAGAACCCGAUGGUCACUCUGACAGAGCUCCAGAGUUAAUCUGUGGAGAUGGGAGAACCUUCCAGAAGGACAACCAUCUCUGCAGCACUCCACCAAUCAGGCCUUUAUGGUAGAGUAUCCAGACAGAAGCCACUCCUCAGUAAAAGGCACAUGACAGCCCGCUUGGCGUUUUGCCAAAAGGCACCUAAAGACUCUCAGAACAUGAGAAACAAGAUUCUCUGGUCUGAUGAAACCAAGAUUGAACUCUUUGGCCUGCAUGCCAAGCAGGUGGCGGCAGGUAGCUUAGUGGGUAGGAGCGUUGUGCCAGUAACCGAAAGGUCGCUGGUUCUAAUCCCCGAGCCGACUAGGUGAAAAAUCUGUUGAUGUGCCCUUAAGCAAGGCACUUAACCCUAAUUGCUCCUGUAAGUCACUCUGGAUAAGAGCGUCUGCUAAAUGACCCAAAAAAAAAACAAAAAAAAAAACAGCACGUCUGGAGGAAACCUGGCACCAUCACUACGUUGAAGCAUGGUGGUGGCAGCAUCAUGCUGUAGGGAUGUUUUCAGCGGCAUGGACUGGGAGACUAGUCAGGCUCGAGGGAAAGAUGAACGAAGCAAAGUACAGAGAGAUCCUUGAUGAAAACCUGCUCCAGAGUGCUCAGGACCACAGACUGGGGCGAAGGUUCACCUUCCAACAGGACAACGACCCUAAGCACACAGCCAAGACAACGCAGGAGUGGCUUCGGGACAAGUCUCUGAAUGUCCUUGAGUGGUCCAGCCAGAGCCCGGACUUGAACCAGAUCGAACAUCUCUGGAGAGACCGGAAAAUAGCUGUGCAGCGACGCUCCCCAUCCAACCUGACAGAGCUUGAGAGGAUCUGCAGAGAAGAAUGGGAGAAACUCCCCUAAUACAGGCGUGCCAAACUUGUAGCGUCAUACCCAAGAAGACUCAAGGCUGUAAUCGCUGCCAAAAGUGCUUCAACAAAGUACUGAGUAAAGGGUCUGAAUACUUAGGUAAAUGUGAUAUUUCAGUUUUUUAUAUUUAAUAAAUUUGCAAAUAUUUCUAAAAACCUCUGUUUGCUUUAUCAUUAUAGGGUAUUGCGUGUAGAUUGAUGACAAUUUUUUUAAAUUCAAAUUUAGAAUAAGGCUGUAACGUAACAAAAAUUGGAAAUAGUCUAGGGGUCUGAAUACUUUCCAAAUGCACUGUAGCUACUCAGUCCAGACAGUUAUGAACUCCUCUGACAGGCCUGUGUUGAUUGUGGAGAGAUAUAUGAUAUAUGAGAUAGGAUCGGAUCUGCGUCCUAAAUUGCAUCGGAUCUGCGUCCCUAUUCCCUUUUGUUAGGUUCUAAACAAACUCAAACGGAUGACUUAGAAAAACUCAAACCCAAGUUUAUUUCCCCCUGGGUCAAACAGCUGCAAAGACAAAGACGUUCACACAAGCACAUAUAUUUACACCCUCCUACUAGGCGGAGUCAACUCCUUGCACAUCUAGACAGCCAAUACAUCUGUUGCUAGUCAGGAACUUAAUUGGUUCCUCUCAUUGGUGUAGCCUACUGCUAGAACCUUCAUGGGCGUGGAAAUAAAUGUGUGUGUGACAAGACUGACUGUUCCUCCUCACUUCAUCUGACCUGACCUCGGGGCGAAUACCUCACUCCUCCCUACUCCACGGCUGUCCUACCUUAUCAGUGACUGAAACCAGACUGUUGCCCACAACCCUGGCGUUGCAAGCGCCAUGCUCUACCAACUGAGCUACAGGGGACUGUACCAGAUUUAACAAUACAAUUUUAACACAAUGUAAACUUUCUGCACUCUCCCUUCCUCACUCAGUAACUUUCCAUAUACCUAGUUCUUAUCCACCCGCCAUUGACCCCAACAUAUACAUUCAUUAUGCAUGUAUAGUAAUCAAUAAGUUCUAAUAUGUUAACAUUAAUAUGUUUAUUUCAAGAUAGCACAACGAUUCAGAAGUAAUGUGCUAUAUAGGGAUUAGUGUGUCAUUUCCGCAACCAUAGCAUCUCCGGUUCUCCCUAUGCCACGCUUUCUUAGAGAGAGGCUGACAGGCCAAUGCUCACCACUGCUGCUGGGAUAGUCCUUGCUUGGUAAAUGGCAAGUGGUGAGGGGUUUAUGGGAGGAUGCAUGAUAGUGUCACCAUUAAGAAUAUUUCAUCCUAAAUUUAAAGUUGCAAAGAACUUAGCAGCAGACACAACGACGAAAAGACGUCAGGGAUUUGUCAUCAACCUCCGAUGUGGAGAGGAAUUUGACAGGCCGUUUGAAUUGUUCAUAUCGUUUCAGUUGACCUGUGAGUGUGCCGCAGCGCUCGUGAAAGCGUGAGGCAGAGGGUUGACAGGUUUCCAUAAGCAUUACGUCUGUUGUCAUAAUCAGUGCCAAUUUCUCAUCAAUGGUGCUAUACAAUUAUUUUGCCAGUUUUAUCAUAAUGACAGAUGCUUUGAUUUGAAGUGCUAAUAACGCCUAACAACAUUUCGUUACUGUCAAAUAUAGACAUUGGAUGUGUCCCAAAUGGCAUCAUAUUCCCUAUUAAAUGCACUACUUUUCACCAGGGCCCAUAGCGACGCAACAAUACACAAAGACCUAUCAUUGUAAAUCUGACUUAGCUUUUGGAACCAUCAGUGACUGACUAAACUGUGCUUUUGGACAGUAAGCAGAGAUUUGACAGAUUGCUUAUUCAGAGAGGAGGGGCUGCAGCAAAGGUGACAGGAGGCCUAACUGAAUCUCUCCACCUGCUGAGCUAACCCUAUUAAAUUAUUAAUCACCUGGAGAGUGGGAGGAGGUGAGAAAGGUUUGUGGGUACCGGAAAAGUUACCACAAGGAUAGUAAAACAAGGAACAUUUGCCACGAGUACAAAGGCUAUUUUAGGGUAGGGGUUAGGGAAAAUAGGAUUUUUAAUGGAAAUUAAUUUUAAGUCCCCACAAUGAUAGUAAAGCAUAUGCUGUUUGUGGGUGUAAUGGAUGUUAUAAAUAAAAAAGAGGCGAUAAAGUGGUCUAGUUGUGCUGCUCUAACGAGAUGAAGCCAGUGUGUCACUAGGCAGAAUAGUGUUAGAGGACCACUUCAAAGGAGGAAGGUGCAGUAAUUGGGUAAUAAAUUAUGACAAAUGCUUUUUCUCUGACCUUCUGUUCCACCAUACUUAGAUAUGUCUCGAACCAUUGUAACUGACAUGAAGAAGAAUACUGUCUUCUAUAGCCUACCCGUAAUAUGUGAGCGUGAAGAGUUGGGGGCAGCUGUUAAAAAGCCCUCAAGAUAUCUUAGCAAAAGAGCCAUGAAAAUGUACAAAGGUAGAGAACCUUCUACAUAUUCAUUUACUCAUCAUGCUUACCUUGUGUGUGCUGUUGUCUGUGUGUACUUGCCAGGGCUACCUGUCAGAGGGCUUGGUGACUAAAUGGUAUCGGUCUCCACACCUGUUGCUCUCUCCCAACAACUACACCAAGGCCAUUGAUAUGUGGGCAGCUGGCUGCAUCCUCGCAGAGAUGCUAACAGGACGCAUGCUCUUUGCAGGUAAGAGGUCUAUUGAGGUAGAGAUGUGUAGAUAUGAAUGUGAUUUGAGAGAUCUAGAUUGAAUGAUUCAUGAUUCAGAUAAACUAAGGGUAGUGCCCAUUUUUUGUUUUUAUGCUGUUGGGCAGUACAGUCUAUUUGUCUGUCCAGCAUAUUUUUGAUGUUGUGAAGAGAUGGUAUACUUUGUUUACCGGGAUGUUUGUUUUUUAGCAUAAUACAGAAAUUGCCAUUUGUCUGUCCUCUAUCCAACCUGCUUAACAGUGUCUAUAAGAGUAAUUAUUAGAAGCAAAAUGAUCCAGGAUAUGGCUGUCUCCCAAAUGGCACCCUACUUCCUAUGUAGUGCAUUAAUUUCUUACCAGGGCCCAUAGGCCUUUGGUCAAAAGUAGUGCACUAUAGGGAAUAGGGUGCCAUUUGGUACAGAGUUGAGCUUUGAUGUUGUCUCGCAGUGCCAGUGUCAUUAUAGCUCCCCCUGCUGUUAAGAUUACACUGGCUGAACUCGAAAGAAAAACAGAUCAUUUGGAGACUUGAACAGAGACUCACAUUAUAUAAGCAUUUUAAGAUAGUUUCUUUAGGCUUUCGGUGUCAUUCUUUAAUAAUAAAUUGGUCAUGUACAGAUACUUUUAUCCAGACUAAUUAUUCAGUAUGUGUUCCAUGACCUUGUCAGUAGCUCGUUAGUCAUGUGUUCAGCUUUUCUUUUCCCAGUAGCAUGCUCCAACCAUCUUAAUACCAGUCUUUAAAAAUACUUCUACUUCUAAGUUAGCCUCAAAUUUUCAACACUAGCCUUAAACAAUUUCUAAACUUCUUCCACUACCACAAAAGUACUUUUGGACAGCUAAAGCAAGGCACAUCAUUUUUCUUCAUGGAAAUGACCUUUUUCUAGUUUUGGAAUCAUGAUUCGAUUUAAAUGCUUCUUUACUCCUGGUACUCUGUCUUCCUGCCUGGUUCCUCGUGGCUGCUCUGCAGGAGCCCAUGAACUGGAGCAGAUGCAGCUGAUCCUGGACACGGUGCCUGUGUUGAGGGAAGAGGACCGCCUGGACCUCCUGCAGGUCAUGCCCUCCUACAUCAGCCAUGGCUGGAAGGUCAAGAGGUCAUUUAGGGAGCUGUUCCCUGAGGUGGAUUCGGAUGGUGAGCGGGAUGGAGGGUGGAGGAACUGUUUUUCUGUUGGAUUUUGUCCCUGCUAAAAAUCAUGAACACACGUGUGUCUAACUAACUUGUUGCCUACUAUUCCUAGAAAAAUAUGUUCCUGAUGCGAUAUGGCAUUACUUGCAGCCAGGUAUGCACAUCAUUUGAAACCCUUUUCUGUUCUCCGUUCCCGUCUCUUUGUCCACUAGCCAUUGAUUUUCUGGAGCGUAUCUUGACCUUUAACCCCAUGGACCGGCUGACGGCAGAGGAGGCCCUGUCCCAUCCCUUCCUGCAGCAGUACUCAUUUCCUCAGGACGAGCCCAUGUCGCCCCAGCCCUUCCACAUAGAGGACGAGCUGGAUGAUAGCCUGGUCACGGAGCCUGGCCACAGUCACAGCCAGGCCUUUAGCUCUCACUGGGACAGGUUUGUGUCAAGCCUGGUCCCAGAUCUGUUUGUGCUGUCAUGUCAAGGAGUUGACAUGAUAGCGCAAACAGAUCUGGGACUAGGCUAGUGUGUGUCAGCCAUAGAGAUACAUCUAUAUAGUACUAUGUCAUUCAUUUCUAUUUAAUUCUAUGGCGUCAGCUAAACUUAACACAGAGACACACACACAGCAGCAAACACACUUAGUGAAUAAUAACAGCAACGCAACAGAAAGAGAUUAUGAAAUGAACUGUGACAUGCUGUGCACAAUAAAUAUAGCAAAGAAAAGUUUAAAUAAAGUUGAGUAAGAUGUAGCCAAAUAAAAUGUUGUGUGGAUGUUAUAUAUAGAAGCUUAUUCAUUCUACUCUUAAUUAAAUAUCCUGGUAGACACUUCACCUGCAUGCCACUGUUGCCCUCUUAACAGCCAAGUUGUUUAUUCUGUCAUAGUACACUGAACAAAAAUAUAAACGCAACCUGCAACAAUUUCAACGAUUUUACUGAGUUACAGUUCAUAUAAGGAAAUCAGUCAAUUGAAAUAAAUUCAGUAGGCCAUAAUCUAUGGAUUUCACAUGACUGUGAAUAGAGAUAUGCAUCUGUUGGUCACAAAUACUUUUACAAAAAAGAGGGGCGUGGAUCAGAAAACCAGUCAGUAUCUGGUGUGACCAACAUUUGCCUCUUGCAGUGCGACACAUCUCCUUCGCAUAGAGUUGAUCAGGCUGUUGAUUUUGGCCUGUGGAAUGUUGUCCCACUCCUCUUCAAUGGCUGUGUGAAGUUGCUGGAUAUUGGCGGGAACUGGAACACGCUGUCGUACACGUCGAUCCAAAGCAUCCCAAACAUGCUCAAUGGGUGAAAUGUCUGGUGAGUAUGCAGGCCAUGGAAGAACUGCUUGUCCACACGACGCCAUACACGGUCUGCAAUCUGCCCGCUACAGUUGAAUCUGGGAUUCAUCCGUGAAGAGCACACUCGUCCAACAUGCCAGUGGCCAUCGAAGGUGCCCAUUUGCCCAGUUACGACGCCGAACUGCAGCCAGGUCAAGACCCUGGUGAGGACGACAAGCACACAGACGAGCUUCCCUGAGACGGUUUCUGACCGUUUGUGCAGAAAUUCUUUGGUUGUGCAAACCCACAGUUUCAUCAGCUGUCCGGGUGGCUGGUCUCAGACAAUCCCGCAGGUAAAGAAGCCGGAUGUGAAGGUCCUGGGCUGGCGUGGUUAUACGUGGUCUGUGGUUGUGAGGCCGGUUGGACGCACUGCCAAAUUCUCUAAAACGAUGUUGGAGGCGGCUCAUGGUAGAGAAAUUAACAUUAAAUUAUCUUGCAACACCUCUGGUGGACAUUCCCGCAGUCAGCAUGCCAAUUGCACGCUCCCUCAAUGAUCAUGCUGUUUAAUCAGCUUCUUGAUAUGCCACACUUGUCAAGUGGAUAGAUUAACUUGACAAAGGAGAAAUGCUCACUAACAGGGAUGUAAAGACAUUUGUGCAUAACAUUUGAGAGAAAUAAGCUUAAGCAAAACAUUUCUGGGAUCUUUUAUUUCAACUCAUGAAACAAUGGACCAACACUUUACAUGUUGCGUUUAUAUUUUUGUUCAAUAUAAGUUGCAGUGUCUACCAGGUGAUUUCAGUUUCUUAUUCUUUCUUCAUUCAUAGUGUGUGUGUGUGUGUGUGUGUGUGUGUGUGUGUGUGUGUGUGUGUGUGUGUGUGUGUGUGUGUGUGUGUGUGUGUGUGUGUGUGUGUGUGUGUGUGCACGCGUACGUGUAUGUAGAAAAUGUAACGGGUAUAAAGACACAUAUUUUCUUCACAACAAUAGACUGAAAUGGCAACUUAGAUGUUUCAUUGACAAGCACUUUGUUUCCACUGAGCAGGAAUGAGACCAGCCUGUCAUCAGACUUGUGCUGGCAGCAGCAGGGUGGAUGUCAGUGCAUGCCUGGGGUCUCGGAGGUGGGCGGCCCAGAAGAGCAGGAGGUCCUGAGGGAUCCUAAGGCAGGCUCUAACCCCUUGUUGGAAGAGGCCCAGGUGGACCCUCGCAAGUAUUCCAACAGCAGCUCCGCCGAGCGCUUCCUGGACCACUCCCACUCCUCUCUGGAGCGUGCUUGUGGGAGCGGGGCCUACACUGAGAUGGACUGUGGCCGCUCCUGUGACUACAAAGUGGGCUCUCCUUCCUAUCUAGAUAAGAUCGCGUGGAGGGAAGACAAGCCGCAGCACUACUCCGAGCCCAAACUGAUCCUGGACCUGUCUCACUGGAAGAGGAACAGCCAGCUGCCGGUGCCUGAGCCUAGAGGGGCCAAUGUGGAGGAGCUGCCUGUAAAGGAGUCGCCUGAGGACCUAUUCCAGGAGAUCUCUCGCUGGGUGGAGAGCACUCAGUCUCGCCUCCACUCCCCCAGCCUGCCCCAGGAACCCCUGCCCUACCCCAGCUCACCCCCGCUGCCCCUCUCUCCUACUUCCCUCCCCGCCCCCCUCUUCCACUGCUGUUCGCCGGUCAUACGGCCGUCAGCUGGACUGGACGAGGACGAAACACUCAGCCCACCUGCCUCGUCCCGCUCCCCUCCCUCUCUGUUUCCCUCAUCUCCUCCGUCAAUGUCACCGCCGAUUCCUUCGUCGAUCCAUGAGCGCCUCCAGAUGCUUCCCUCCAGGGGGCAAGGGGGCCCGUUUGACCUGGAUGUGUUCAUCACUCGAGCCCUGAAGCUGUGUGGUCAGAGUGAGGACCUGGGUGGAAACCCAGACGGGGCCAAACAGGCCAACAUCAAUGGCGUAUCCAGGCUCCCAGAGCGCAGGUCAUCCCCAAGUCAGACUCCCAACUCCUGA